AUGAUGGGACAACAACCUUCUGGCAAUGUCACCAGUGUCAUUCGUGCGGCAGAGCAGUCUGUGGCCGCUGGAUCUUCGUUACCAUCUGCAAACGACUCAGUCCUGGUGGCACAACGAAAGGAGAAGGAGGCCCGUUUUGCUCAGUCGUGCGACGCUGGAAUCACGGAGAUUAUCAGCCAUUGGUGGUCAUAUUCGCCCGUCACAGUCGCCGACAACGAGAGAAUCGAGCUGUCCUUCGUCGAAGCCACUGGCAACUCCGAGCAUUGGGAGACAGAGCUCGUGCCGUGCUCUCUCAGCGAGCCAUUCACGCAUGUUGCCCAGCGUUUCCAUGUGGAUGUGGCCAGCAGCAAAAGAUACAGGCAUCCGUUCUUGCCGUAUCGUCCCUUUGACCUUUUGCUGAAGAGCGACCAACGGUCUGACUUUGACUCUCUGUCUUCGCGCACUAUAAUCGAUGUCCUUGGCUAUAAAGCGAGGUUCGGAGAAGUUGCCCUCGAAGCUCUUCCCGCCUUAGGAGCGGACGCACCUUUUGCCAUCAUGGUGCGAAACGCCCGAGUCGUGGUUCAAGCCUGCGCCUCCGCCGGGGUUCUCUGCCAGGAAGACCCAAGGGAAGCAAUACUAUGUCAAGAUGUCCACUCUACACAUCCCGUUCGCUUGUAUGCGCUCCGCCACGUUUCAACCGCAGCACGUAGCUCGGUCCUCCACUUGUCCGUGCAAGACAACCCGAUCACAGGCCAGACGAGAGCGUUCCCAUUUGAUCGUGAGAAGGACCUUGUACCAUUCGCCAACCGUAUUUCUACUACGACGAUCACGGUUGAGGCCGCUCGCUCGCUCUUUGGACGCUUCGUGCAGUCGUCGACCGAACCCCUGCGCGAUGAUGCACCGCCAACCGCUAAGAAGCAGAAGAAGACGAUGGGGAACGAAUACCAGGCACAGACUGUCGCUAUCACUUGGGGUCUCACUGUCGAUCAAGACGACCAGUUCUCGAAAUGGUCGCAGAAGACGCACAGGUGGAUCAAGAACUUGAAUGCGGAGAACGCCGACAAACUUAUCAAGGUGGGCCAGAACGGUACCUUCCUCGUCGGCGAGCUGGUCAAGGGCGAUAGCGAUGAGUUCGAGUUCACCAUCUCAGGCACGAAACCCGGCACCUGGCGCAGGCUAGUCUCUGAACCGUUGCUUGCGCAACUCGCAUGGGUUUGCAAUGGCACGGUGAACUACGACGCAUUGCCGCAGGAGAGCGGCGAAUCUCCGCGGCCAGUGGAUGUCGAUGAUAGCAUAGAGGAACUUGGGACGUUUACUGUAGACUCGAGCCAUGCUAGUCUCUUUUCCCAGAGCGCAUUUGAUAGCUUAACGUCUGGCAAUGAUCGAGAGGCUCAUCGAUGCGGGUAUGGACGGUCGGGGAGAUGA